AUGGAGCAAUUUUCUCAUAUUCGGUUUAUUAUUAAUAUCAAAUUAAAUUCCCUUCAGAAUUAUAAUUACAAUAAUCUCAAACAAUGUAUAGAAAAACUCUUUGAAAGAAUAAAAGAUAAUUCUUAAAUAAAAAGUUUAGCUAUUCCAUUAUUUUUCUAAGAUGAUAUUCAAGGAAAAGAAGAAAUAGUUUAACAGUAUUUACAAAUUAUAAUUAAUAAAUUUUUUGAAGCAAAAAACUUGUAACGGAAAAUAUAUAUAACAGAAAAUAAUCCCUAAAAAACCGAUAUAAUAAAUAAGGCCUUAAUUAGAAUCUAUCUUCAUCCUAAUAUGGAUAAUUUUAAUGGUAAUGGUAAGAUGACUAAGGUUAUGAGAACUAUAAUGAAUAAAAUAAUGAAUAAAUAAAUGAAGCAUAUCAGUCAUUUUUAUAAACAAAUAAUGAAACAAGAGUUUUAUUGAAAUAAAAUUUUAAUUAGCCUUCAAGUACACAUUCAGUUAAUUUGAAAAGAUUAACUUUAAAAGAUAAAAAAUUUUAUAUUAAUAUAAAUUAACUGUUACAUAUAAUAGAGGAGUUGAACAAUAUUUUAUUAAUGGAGAAUAGAUUGAAAGUGAAUUAAAUUAAUAUUUAUGUUAAUAGAAAAAAAAUAAUUGUUUUGAAUUCGACAUUUUUUGGAAAUGUUUGCUUGUUAUCAUUAACCAAUAUUAUAUAAACUAAAUAAAUUUACAGACAAAUUAUUCAAGAUAAAUUAGAAAAAUUUAGAGUACCAUUUUAUUUGGUGAAAACUUUAAAUUUUCUGAUUCUAUUAAUUCAUCUUAAAGCCAAGAAAAUCAAUUUUAAAUUGAAUCAUUUAAUUCAAAAUAGAAUGAUAAAAUAUUAUAAAAAUUAAAAGAGGAGUUCUAAAAAUCUGUUAUUAAAUUAAAUAUAUAAAUUCCACAAAUAAAGAAAGAUAAAUUAAAAAAUUUAUAUAAUUAUUUUGAUUAAGUUGCAUUGAAUAAAAUUGAAGAUUUUACAUAAGGAAAAAAGAUUGUCAUUGAAAUUUUCAAAAAGAAUUAAAGCAAAUUUUUAAAUUAGAUAGGGUUUAUUGAGAAUUUUGGCAAAAAUUAUCCCAAAAAAUGGAUAUCUUAAAAUGAUAAUUGUGUCAAAGUACCUUUGAAUAUGUCCUCUUUGGAAUUCAUUAAGGUCUAAAAUCAUUUUUGUUAAUCUGAUUUUGGAAAUAUAAAAGCUAUCUUUAGAAUUUAAAAUAAAAUAUUAUGGAAUAACUAUGUUAAUGAAAGAAAUAAAUUAAUAGAGCUUUAUUAAAGUCAAGGUUACAAUUUAAAUAAAAUAGAAAGAAAGAGAUUUUUAUGGCAUGGAGUAAAAAACGAACAUCCUAAAAAGAUUUAUGAGGGUGAAAAAGAAGGUUUUGAUUGUUCAUACAGUAAUAAAAAUUCUAGCUGGGGGCCUGGUAUAAAUGAAUUAAUAAUAUUUGUUAUCUAUUUUGCAGAAAAUGCUUGCUAUUCAAGGAAUUAUUCUUAUGAAUUAAAAUAUGAUGAUGAUCAAUAAUAUGUUGGACUGAAAGUAUUUUUAUGUUGUUUGGUUACAACUGGUAAAACUGAGUUGAGGAAUCCUGAUCCCAAUAUUUUAAGACCGAAUGACGAUUAUGAUUGUGUUACAGGCACAUCAAAUGAGAGCGAGAUAUUUGUAUUAUAUUAAAUGGAUGUGAGAAGAGCUUAUCUAGCUUAUGAAGUCAUAUUUGAAUGA